AUGACAAUCACAUUUGAAGUUUGUGAUAAUUUAGAAUUAGAGGGAGUUGAAAAUUUUUAUUCAUUUGAUAUUAAAAUUUUUAUAGAAGAACAAAUUAAUAAAUCAAUUCCAAACACAACAGAAAGUUAUGGUGAAUUAUUUAAUCAAUUUAAAGAGAAAGGAAUAAAAGAUUUAACAGAAAUCCAUAAAUUAGUAAAUGAAAAAAUAAAAGAAAAUGAUUUAAAAAGAAAAUUAAAAAUUGAAGAACUUUUUAAAAAAACAAAUAUUUUAAAAUCAAGUUUAGAUAAUAUAGGAGAUAAAGAAAAAAAAGAAAAUGAAGAUUUAAAAAUUAUUGUUGGAUAUAAUAGUUUUGUAUACUCUGCGUGGGAAAGUUAUAAUAAUCAUAAUCAUUUAGUAUUACGUCCUGAUAAUAUUUGGAUGGCAAUAGUUUCACAAUUUUCAUUUUAUAUAAAUAAAUAUAAUAAAGAAUUACGUAAUAAAUUUGUAGAUUUUCAUGAAAAGAAAAUUUUACAAGUUUUUACAGAUUAUUCAAUUUUAGAUGGUAAUGGUAAUGGUAAUGGUAGUGGUAUCAGUGAUGAUAUAUCCUUUGAAAAAUUAACAAAUGAUAUGGUGGAUGAAAUUUGUAAAAAUAUUAAAGAUCCAUCAAUUAGGGAUUGGAUAAUACCAUCAUUUUCAACUACAACUUUAUCAGAUAAAAUUAUUUUCUCAUCAGCAUUAAUGUCAACAUUAAAAAAAGAUUUCAUUUAUAGGUAUGGUAGUAAAUGUGGUUUACCAAAGGUUACAUUACUUGGUACAGUUGAUGAUUGGAUUCAAUUAAAAGAAAGAUCAUUAAAAUUAAAAGAAUUCAAUAUUUUUGAUAGUGAUAGUAAUAAUAGUAGUGGUGACGGUGAUGGCGAUGAAAAUUUAAUGAACAAAUGGGUUGAUAAAUAUUUAUUAGAAAUUUUAGAUAAUUUCAUUGAAUCAUCAAAUGGAAAACCAAAUAAAACUUGGUGGAAUCAAAUCAUUGAUUUUAGAGAACAAUCUGGAAGUUCAGUUUUAUCAGGUUGGUUAUCAGCAUUUUGUUUAUUUAAGGAUGAUGGAAGUUUUGAAGAUAAUGCACAUUUAGAUAGUCCUCAAUUAUAUCCAGAAACUAAAUGGCCAAAAGUUAAUUGUAUUUCAAUUCCAAAUGGUUUCAUUUCAACUCCUAUUCAAUUAACUGAUUCAAAUGGUAAUAUUUUUAAUUCUCAAUUAUUUUCUGGUCAUUUUGCUUCAAAAAUAAAAAACAAUAAUACUUUAAUACCAUCAUUAGAUUGGUUUAUUAUUUCUAAUCUAGAUAUUUAA